GGAACAAGCUAAGAGCAAGCUAGGAACAAGCUAGGAACAAGCUAGGAACAAGCUAGGAACAAGCUAGGAGUAAGCUAGGACCAAGCUAGGAACAAGCUAGGAGCAAGCUAGGAACAAGCUAGGAACAAGCUAGCUGUGUGAACAUAGAUUACUGUGUUUAACUCUGUUUGGUCUCAAAUUGUAAACUAUCAAACAGAUGUUUGUUAGUUCCUGUAUUUUAGCUCUGUUGUUCUUUUGCUGUUGACUCUUUGAGACCAAACAGACCUUAAAAAGAAAGAAAGAAAAGAUGGGCAUUUUUUCCACAAAGUCAGAGCUACGGCUCUUUUCUUGUUUUAAACUACAGCCAGGUGACGGUGAGCCAUCACCUGUGCUUUUCCUGCUCUGACAUGUCAACGUAUGUCUUCAGUGAAAAAGCCUUAUUGGACCUCACGUUUGUCAGGUGGCCAGAAACAGUGUUUACUACCAAACAUGUUGGCUGCUACAGAUAAUAUCAGUGGUUUGGCCGGUCUGCUUUCAUUGAAAAGAAGACAGAGGUAAAAAAGAAAAAGAAAAGAAAAAGGGAGAAGCCACAGAAGCGGCGAUCCACAACCAACAUGGCCCCCUCGGCUCGGCCCAGCAGCACGGGCCUGGACAUGGACGAAGACGAGUCCGACUACGGGAUUCAGAAAGCGGACAGGAAGGUCAGGAAACCUCUGGUGGAGAGGAAGAGGCGAGCUCGCAUCAACGAGAGUUUGCAGGAGCUGCGGACGCUGCUGGCGGACACGGACCUCCACUCCAAGAUGGAGAACGCGGAGGUGCUGGAGAUGACGGUGAAGAAGGUGGAGGACGUCCUGAAGAACCGCAGCCAAGAAACAGACUCACUGAACCGUGAAGCCAGCGAGCGGUUCGCCGCCGGCUACAUCCAGUGCAUGCACGAGGUCCACAUGUUCGUGUCCAGUUGCCCCGGGAUCGACGCCACGGUGGCGGCGGAGCUUCUCAACCACCUGCUGGAGUGCAUGCCCCUGAACGAGGACCACCUGCAGGAUGUGCUGAUGGACCUGAUCACGGACGGGCCCGGCAGCCACAACGGCAGCACUUGGCACGGGGACGGCGAGGCUCUGUGCGCCGCCCUGGCUUCGCCCGGGGGAGGAAGGAGGAGCCCCUCAGUGGGCUCGUCCUCGGCCCUCUCCCCGGCACCCUCCACCGCGUCCAGCGAGGACCUCUGCUCCGACCUGGACGACACCGACAGCGAGCACAACCAGAGCUCCACGGAGGGCAUGGAGAGCAGGGAGGCCCUGAGCGUGGCCUACCCCCAGUCCAUGUGGAGACCCUGGUAGAGGGCUGAAGGGGACACACCGAGGGGGCGGGGGGAUGUGGCUGUGACACCGGGCCGCUCCUGCUGAACACACAGAAGAGAAAAAUCCACCUUAUGAACACUUUCAAAAAUGUCAGUGGCGUACGUUGCAUUUCUGGACUCACGUCUGUGUGGAUUUUCUUUUGUCACUCCCCACGCUGGUGUUCCACGAUUCAAACCUGUUCAACAAAGAAAAAGAGUUAGGGCUUGGACAGCCGCCGCGGGCGACCAAAUAUGGAAAGCAUCUGCCCCUUUUGAGGAGGGACCGUUUUCUCUUCCCCCCACAACCAAAUGCAGCGAUUUUACAGCCGCUUCCCUCUGAACUCUGGGAAAUGUAGGAAACCACUAAAGCCGCUGUUAUCAGACACGAACCUCCGGAGAAUGUCUGCAACAUUUGCAUCCGGACAUUUUGCGUAGUUCACCAUUCACAUUUUGAGGAACCGCAGCAGGAAAGUGUUCCGAGUCCGAUGGAAUAAUCUCCAGAACAUUCUCGAGCAGUAAGAAGCAGGACAUGACGUGAUAAUCCUGCUGCGGAAAGCAGUGUUUUUGUAUUACAGUCACGAAGCAAGUGAAUUUCCUGCUGUAUUUCUCGCACUGGCCUACUCGGGACAUUCUCCGGAAAUUUUACAAGGCGGCAACGGCCCAGGAGAAUGUCCAGAGCAACAUUUGCAUCCUGACACGCAGUCCCCCUCCGGAGAGGUUCAGGAAAGUGUCCGGACCUCGGUGCCCGUCUGAAAGCAGCUUUGGUGAAGUGUAAGAAGUAGAACUAGGAGAGUCGACGGAACAAUACGUCACGAGGAGAGAAACAUUCCUGCGGCGCUUCGGACAGAGACGAGCGUGUAAACCCGAGUGUUAAAAAGGUGGAGUUUUUCCUCUCUCUCUCAUCAGAGGGGCCCCUCCUCUCGAGGGAAGUGACACCCCUGGCUUUGAAUCCUCUGUUGGUACCCCCCCCCACACACACACACACACCUGAAGAACCCCCCCUCCCUCCCUCUCUACACACUUAUAACCCGACAAAGGACAGAAAAACGGAACACUGUUGCGGACGUUCACACUUCUUAUGUCAGUGACUCAAGUGUAUAUAAGGAUUUUGUACCGUGGAGUAAAAGCUCUUUUAGAUUGAAGAUUUGGCGUUGCCUCUGAUUAAUAUAAAUAUUUCUAUAUUGUGUUUCAUAAAGGCCCUGUAGUGUAUUGGACCAGUGUAGCCUCCUGCAGACAGAGUGACCACUUUAUGUUGUGUAAUGGUUUGUAGACAAGUUGUUGCCAUGUUUAUUGUGUUGAGUUUGCAAAAAUAAAAUAAUGUAACUGAAA